AUGAGGCGCGCAGGGCUGGGUAAGCGCGGCGGUCCUCCAGGCGAUGGAGGUAACUAUGGCUACACCAACAGUGGGUACAGUAGUGUGUAUGAGGAAGAAAAUGACAGGCUAACAGAGAGCCUGCGUACCAAAGUCAGCGCCAUCAAAUCACUUUCCAUUGAAAUUGGAACAGAAGUCAAAAACCAAAAUAAAAUGUUAUCAGAAAUGGAAAAUGAUUUUGAGUCCACGGGGGGACUUCUAGGUGCAACUAUGAGCAGACUGAGAACACUCUCCAGAGGAAGUCAGACCAAGCUGUUGUGCUACAUGAUGCUCUUCUCACUGUUUGUUUUUUUUGUCAUAUACUGGGUUAUUAAACUGAGGUGAUGCAUGGUACCACCUGCGUGAUGGAGGCAUUGAUCAAAAGGGGCUAAACCACAGGGAAAUUG